AUGGUCACCUCGAUCCACCCAAACCGGGAGAAGAACAAAGAUGGCGAAAAGUACAACUUUGAGGUAUCCGAGGGGGACAAUUUGCUCGACAUAGCGCAGGCUAAUGACCUGGAGAUGGAAGGCGCAUGCGGUGGCUCGUGUGCUUGCUCGACAUGUCAUAUAAUCAUUAGCGACCCAGACAAAUACGAUGCUAUACCUGAGCCGGACGACGAUGAAAACGACAUGUUGGACCUCGCUUUCGGGUUGACAGAGACGAGUCGGCUGGGCUGUCAAGUCAAGAUGACCCCAGCACUGGACGGACUAGAGGUUAAGCUACCUGCAAUGACAAGGAACAUGCAAGCCAGCGAUUUUGGUGGUGUGAAUCCAAAGCAUCAUUAG